CCCUCGCCCCGCGCCCGCCGCCCCUCGUGCACCGGGGGCGCUGCGCGGGCGCCGAGCCUUCGCGGGCUUUGCCGCCGCCGCCUCUGUGGCCGCCGCCGGUGGUGGGAGAGACGCGGGGUUGGGGGGGGAGGAGGGCGCGCGUGGUGCCGGCGGGGAGCGGCGGCGCCCCCCCCCUCCUCCUCCUCCGCCUCCUCCUCCUCCGGCGCCGCGGGCUCCUCGGACAUGGCUGCGGCGGUGGCGGUGGCGGCCGCGUCCCGGCGGCAGUCGUGCUACCUGUGUGACCUGCCCCGCAUGCCCUGGGCCAUGAUCUGGGACUUCACCGAGCCCGUGUGCCGUGGCUGCGUCAACUACGAGGGCGCCGACCGCGUCGAGUUCGUCAUCGAGACGGCGCGGCAGCUCAAGCGGGCGCACGGCUGCUUCCCGGAGGGCCGCUCCCCGCCCGGCGCCGCGGCCCCGGCCGCCGCCAAGCCGCCGCCGCUCUCGGCCAAGGACCUCCUUCUGCAGCAGCAGCAGCAACAGCCGCCGCCGCCGCUCGGCCACGGCGGCCCCGAGGCCGCCCCGCGCGCCCCGCAGGCCCUGGAGCGUUACCCCCUGGCGGCCGCCGCGGCCGAGCGGCCUCCGCGCCUGGGCUCUGACUUCGGCGGCAGCCGCCCGGCCGCGAGCCUGGCCCAGCCGCCGACGCCGCAGCCGCCUCCCGUGAACGGCAUCCUGGUGCCCAACGGCUUCUCCAAGCUGGAGGAGCCGCCCGAGCUGAACCGCCAGAGCCCGAACCCGCGGCGCGGCCACGCCGUGCCGCCCACUCUGGUGCCGCUCAUGAACGGCUCGGCCACGCCGCUGCCCGCCGCGCUCGGCCUAGGCGGCCGCGCCGCCGCCUCGCUGGCCGCCGUGUCCGGGGCCGCGGCCGCCGGCCUGGGCUCGGCGCAGCCCGCCGAACUGGGCGCCCACAAGCGGCCGGCGUCCGUGUCGAGCGGCGCGGCCGCGGAGCACGAGCAGCGCGAGGCGGCGGCCAAGGAGAAGCAGCCGCCGGCGGGCUCGCAUCGCGGCCCGGCCGACAGCCUGUCCUCGGGGGCCGGGGCGGCCGAGCUGGGCACCGAGGGCGCGGGCAAAGGCCGCGGGCCCGGCGAGCAGGACUGGGUCAACCGGCCCAAGACCGUGCGAGACACGCUGCUGGCGCUGCACCAGCACGGCCACUCGGGGCCCUUCGAGAGCAAGUUUAAGAAGGAGCCGGCCCUGACUGCAGGCAGGUUGUUGGGUUUCGAGGCCAACGGGGCCAACGGGUCUAAAGCAGUUGCAAGAACUGCAAGGAAAAGGAAGCCUUCUCCAGAACCAGAAGGUGAAGUCGGGCCCCCUAAGAUCAAUGGAGAGGCACAGCCGUGGCUGUCCACGUCCACAGAAGGGCUGAAGAUCCCCAUUACUCCUACAUCCUCUUUUGUGUCUCCACCGCCCCCCACUGCCUCACCUCAUUCCAACCGGACCACACCGCCUGAAGCGGCCCAGAACGGCCAGUCCCCCAUGGCAGCCCUAAUCUUGGUAGCAGACAAUGCGGGGGGCAGUCAUGCCUCAAAAGAUGCCAGCCAGGUGCACUCCACCACCAGGAGGAACAGCGGGAGCCCACCCUCUCCGUCCUCUGUGAACCAAAGAAGGCUGGGCCCCCGAGAGGUGGGCGGCCAGGGGGCAGGCAGCACAGGAGGACUGGAGCCCGUGCACCCCGCCAGCCUCCCGGACUCCUCGCUGGCGGCCAGCGCCCCGCUGUGCUGCACCCUCUGCCACGAGCGGCUGGAGGACACCCACUUCGUGCAGUGCCCGUCCGUCCCCUCGCACAAGUUCUGCUUCCCUUGCUCCAGACAAAGCAUCAAACAGCAGGGAGCCAGUGGAGAGGUCUAUUGUCCCAGUGGGGAAAAAUGCCCCCUUGUGGGCUCCAAUGUCCCCUGGGCCUUCAUGCAAGGGGAAAUUGCAACCAUCCUUGCUGGAGAUGUGAAAGUGAAAAAAGAGAGAGACUCGUGACUUUCCGGUUUCAGAAAAACCCAAUGAUUACCCUUAACUAAAACUGCUUGAAUUGUGUAUAUAUCUCCACAUAUAUAUAUAUCCAAGACAAGGGAAAUGUAGACUUCAUAAACAUGGCUGUAUAAUUUUGAUUUUUUUGAAUACAUUGUGUUUCUAUUUUUUUUUUCUUUUUUUGACGACAAAAGGUAUGUACUUAUAAAAGCAUUUUCUUCUUUUGUUAACGUUAUUAGCAUAUCUUUGUGCUUUAUUAUCCUGGUGACAGUUACCGUUCAAUGUAGGCUGUGACUUGCGCUGCUUUUUUAGAGCACUUGGCAAAUCAGAAACGCUUCUAGCUGUAUUUGUAUGCACUUAUUUUAAAAAGAAAAAAAAAAAGCCAAAUACAUUUUCUGACGUUGUAAGAUUGCCUUACUGUCUGUUAUUCCUUAUUGCUGGCCCCUUUCUCAGGCUGGAGGCCAAGUGGUGGAGACGGAAAGGAAAUGAGCGAAAGGGGCACUGUUGUGAAGUGGGCAUGCCACUGGGAAAUGUCACCAAGUUUCCCCCCAAACGUUGUCCUUUGAGACUAACAGGAAAUCGAUUUUGAAUCUUUAUCGAUUUUGGAUUUUGUUCUUAAAGUUCAGUUGUUGGGCUGUUGAUGACUGCCUGAGAGUUGCUGCUGAGAGAUUUUCAGGACUGGGCGGGGGUGGGCGGGGGGCGAUUUUUUUGUUUGUUUUAAGGCAAAGUUGACCACUGUUCACGGCCCAUGUGAUCAGUUGUAAGAUUACAGUGCUGCAGGCUAGUCGGUUGCAUAAUACACAGUCCAGUGACUCGAGGCAGUGGUAACGGAUGGUGGUGAGGACGAGAUGGCACUGCCAUCUUUGCGUGGAGCCUGGCUCUGCAGCCCCACUUGAUCUUUCGAAACACCCUGGAGCGCUCUUGUCUGUCGUUGGCUGUGGUCGUUUUCCUUUGAAGAGAGUCGAAAGAGAAGUCCAGGUGAACUUGGAGAUUGUGGGAUUGGUUUCGUUUCUGUUUUGCGUUUUGUUGUUUUAUCAUUUAUCUGUAGUCCCAUUGCUGUUGAUGUGAUCACCUACACUCUGUUUGUAGUGAGUGCUAAAUACAGUAUGGUACAAUGGCAGUAACAGCGCAGGGUCCUGCCAGGACUGCCCGUGGGCAUAUCAGUGACAGCCCAAAUGGGGGUGGAGGAAACCUGUAAUUUCCUUCUUACAUGUGUGUGAAAUACCACGUGAAUAAUACUGCUCUUCUGGACAAAAAUGAUAAACUAGUGAAAAUUAAAGAAAGGGUUUUACAUAAUAGACAGGCCCCACCUCUCAAACUUUUUUUAGAAAUGUUUUGUAAACUAAUUUCUUUUGAUUACUAUUUUGCAUCAGUAAAAUGAGUUUUUUUAAACCAAUAAAUCAUCAGUUAUUAGAAAUAGUUGUCUCACAGUGAUACUGGUUUUUGUUCUGUGCUGUUAUGAUUUAACAUUGACAGGAACACUACUUUAAAUCCUUUCAUGUUCAGGUGUUUGUAACUUGGCCCUCUAAUUAGGCUGGAUCAUGGCUUCCAGGUCUGCUACAACUUCUGUGUAUCGUUCCCAACCGAGCUUUUAUUUUAAUUUGAAAAUAUAGAUUGUUACCCACUUUGGAUCCUUC